AUGGCCGCGAAGUCUGAUGGAGCGGCGGUCGUGGCCAGCCCGGGGCCGGAGGGGGCGGCCGGGGGAGCCCGGGGCAGUGCGUGCGGGCGCGCGGAGGCGGCGACCGCGGCCGGGGGCCCCGGAGUGACCGGGGCGGGAGGCUCCGGUCCGCGCUACGAGAUGCGGGACUGCUGCUGGGUGCUGUGCGCACUGCUCGUGUUCUUCUCCGACGGCGCCACGGACCUGUGGCUGGCGGCCUCCUACUACCUGCAGGGUCAGCGGACCUUCUUCGGCCUCACAUUGCUGUUCGUGCUCCUGCCCUCGCUUGUAGUGCAGUUGCUCAGCUUCCGCUGGUUCGUCUACGACUACACUGAGCCCGCGGGUGCCCCGGGACCCGCCGUCAGCACCAAGGACAGCGGCAUCGUCGGGCCCUCUGUCAGCACCAAGGACAGCGCCGCCGCCUUCCGGACCAAAGAAGGCAGCCCCGAGCUGGGUCCCCUGCCCGCGCCCUCCUCGGCCAGCGCCUACCGCCGCCGCUGCUGCCGCCUCUGCGUCUGGCUGCUGCAGACUCUCGUCCACCUCCUGCAGCUCGGCCAGGUCUGGAGGUACCUGCGCACCAUGUACUUGGGGCUGCAGAGCCGCUGGCGCGGGGAACAGCUCCGGCGCCACUUCUACUGGCGGAUGCUGUUCGAGAGCGCCGACGUGAGCAUGCUGCGCCUUCUGGAGACCUUCCUGCGCAGCGCGCCGCAGCUCGUGCUGCAGCUCAGCCUCCUGGUGCACCGCGGCGGCCGUCCGGACCUGCUGCCCGCCCUCUCCACCUCCGCCUCACUCGUGUCCCUGGCCUGGACGCUGGCCUCCUACCAGAAGGUGCUGAGGGACUCCCGAGACGACAAGCGGCCACUGUCCUACAAGGGCGCGGUGGCCCAGGUGCUGUGGCACCUGUUCACCAUUGCGGCCCGCAGCCUGGCCUUUGCGCUCUUCGCCAGCGUCUACAAGCUCUACUUCGGCAUCUUCAUCGUGGCCCACUGGUGCGUCAUGACCUUCUGGGUCAUCCAGGGUGAGACGGACUUCUGCAUGUCCAAGUGGGAAGAGAUCAUUUACAACAUGGUAGUGGGCAUCAUCUAUAUCUUCUGCUGGUUCAAUGUCAAGGAGGGCCGCAGCCGCCGCCGCAUGACCCUCUACUACUGCAUUGUCUUGCUGGAGAACGCAGCGCUCACGGGCUUCUGGUACUCAAGCCGCAACUUCUCCACCGACUUCCAUUCGCUCAUCCUGGUCUGCGUGGUGGCCUCCAGCUUCGCACUGGGCAUAUUCUUCAUGUGCGUCUAUUACUGCCUCCUGCACCCCAAUGGGCCCAUGCUGGGUCCCCAGGCGCCUGGCUGCAUCUGCCCUGAGGCCUCAGAGCCCUGUGGCCCACCAGCGGACGCUGUCACAAGUCCCCCGAGGUCCCUGCCGAGGACUACAGGCGCUGAGCGGGAUGGGGCCUCUGUGGGGGGUGAGCGUGCAGGGACCCCCACACCACCUGUCUUCCAGGUGCGGCCUGGCUUGCCUCCCACGCCAGUAGCCCGCACCUUGCGGACAGAGGUGCCUGUCAUUCGGAUUGACCUGCCUCGUAAGAAGUACCCAGCGUGGGAUGCUCAUUUCAUUGACCGCCGGCUCCGGAAGACCAUUCUGGCGCUGGAGUACUCCUCGCCGGUCACGCCCCGGUUGCAGUACCGGAGCACGGGGACCUCCCAGGAGCUGCUGGAGUAUGAGACCACCGUGUAGGCCACAGGGGUGGGCUCGGCUCAUCCCACCUCCACCACAGUGUUGAGCCUGGAAUUUCAGGGCCACCAGGCUAUGGGGAUGUGGGUCUGUGGGCACAAGGGUAGAGUGGCUCCACCGUUGGGUUCUUUCAGGGGAGGGGCAGCCUGGUGGAGACCCCAGCCCUGGGCUAUGUUUUAAGCCCUGCGGCCCAGUUUCUAAGCCCCCCUUGGACCAGGGCCCAGGGAAUUAACUGGUGCUACAUUCCUCAUGAGCUGCCCUGCUUUCACGAAGGCCUCCAUACCACCUCCGGUCCUGGGGACCCCGCACCCUCCCCCUUGCCUGGAGUUGCUCACAUGUCACCUGUGGUGGACCUGUCAGAGAAGGGGCGCUGUCCGGGGUCCAUGACCGAGGCCCCGUGCUCCUGAAGGGGUGCUGAGGGUGGGAUGCCCCUGCGGUGGGAGGAGGUCUCUGAGGAUGAAGGAGGCUACCAAAGGUGUGGGGUGAGGUGGGAGCGUCUGGUGGACAAGGUGGGUCCAGUUCCUGUGGGCCCAAGGUCUGGAGCCUGGGCCAGAAAGGAAUUAAAGGAGGGAGUCGGGGUGGGGUGGGGCAUUGGGGGUGGGGGGCAGUGAGUGCUAGAGCUGAAGGGGAGGAAGAACGCUGGGACAUCUGAGGGGUUCAGGCUGGCUGAAACAUGAAGGGUAGCAGACUUGGGGGAGGGGAACCCUUGGUCCAGUGCACAAGGCAUGUUCCCCAAGUGAGCUCCUCCAGAGACAACCUCUGUGUGUGGGUCUGUCGGGGUUGGGGUUCCAGACACCUGUGGUGAGAUGUUUCCAGAAGCCUCGCUUUGUUCUAGGUGAGCACCCAGAACAUAACAUGUCUUGUAGAAAAAGGUCUUGAAUGCAACAGAUAAAAUGUCUAGGCAGAUCCACUACCUGGGCUCGGUCACAGAUGAGGUUCUAGCACACUGGGCAGAGGAACUUCUUAGAGAGACAUUCCUAGUCCUGGAGGAAGUCUUAGAACGCUGUCCUAGGCAGUCGCCGAUCUGGGUUCUGUUGCGAGGUGAGCGUACUGGAGCCCUGCGCUGUGCCCUGGGGGAUGCUAGCCCCACCGCUGUGCUAGCGGAGGGCUCGAGGGCCCCGUGUGCGGGGGGUGUUCUAGGAACAGGUACUCCAGUUCUAGAUUUCUGGGGUUCGCAGGAGUUCCAUGCUCCUGUCCACCUUGGUCCAUAGCCAUCUUCCCAAGAGGAAAUUGUCCUUGGGAACCCCUGGCACAUUCCAGCUGCCGACUGACUUCCAGGUAUAAAAAAUGAGCUCUGGGCACGUGACAUACAUCUUGGCUCCGCGCCACCCUGCACAUGUGGCUCCCUUAGGCAGCGGCUGGGAAACUGUUUUGUUUUGCCCAACCCUCCGGGGCUUGUGGUCCAUUCCCAUGUCCCAAAGACCCCAUGGUGCCCGUGAUGUCAUUCAUCCAGGGCCCCUCUUCUCCACCUGGGACAGCCGGUCUUGAACUGAGUGGGGAGUGUGGGAGUAGGCAGUCUGUAGGGGUGGGGGCAAAGCCUCUAGGCAGAGCUUAGAACACCCCACCUUGUCCCCACUCCCCCAUGGCCCCUAAGGGGUGUUCCCUGCAGGGGCACAGCAGGUGAUGUUAAGGCCAUCUGCAGACCUGGGCUGGGGGUGAGGUGGACCAUGAGAACCCUAGACUAUGCAAAUUAGAGGAGCAUUCAGCCCUCUCUGGAUCAGCCUCCCUGGGGUGAUAGAUGGGAAACUGAGGGCCCCUUGUGGCAGCCGAUCUCACAAGGUCCCAGGCUCCUGGCCGUUCCAUCAGAUAGUGAUGGGUGAUAGUGAGCGGGCUGAGGAGGCAGGGAGAGGGCCACACUCAGGGUGCAGGGUGACCCCAGAGGCAGAGCGGACAGGACCAUCCACGUUACACACACACAUAGAAGCACACAUCACACCUGUGACACAAGUCACCUCACGCCCCAGCACACACGCCGAGAUGGUGUGUGCAUCCCUCCCACACACAAAGAAUGCUUUCCCCUCCUUCCGCUUCCCUGAUUCCUAAGAAGCCUUAGGAACCGGGCCUCAAGGUGACAGGUGGUGGGGGAAGCCUGAGGCUGUCCCAGACCCGCCCGGUGGGUCUGUCCAACCCCCUUGAUCUGCCCAAAUCAGUCUUUGGAGACCAACCUUCACGGCCAGCUCCACACCUGUUGAAGCCCCUUGUGAGAUGGCGCAUGCGUGCGAGACGCAGACCCAGAUCGGCCUGUUUCCCCAGGGCUGACCGCGCUGGGCGUUUCCGCCCCAUCUCGUUUCACUUAAACUUUCCGCUGCUUGCAGCUUCCCUCCACGAGAGGCGUUGUCAACCCAUCUUCCAGAGGAGGAAACCGAGGCUCAGAGAUGUGGCGUGAGCGUCACCCUUGGCAAGUUCUUUCACUCCCCAGUGUCCUGGAAUGGCUCCUCCGGCUGCCCCGUUCCCCAGCACCCUAAAAGGGAAAGUUCAAAAAUAUCUUUCCUGGGAGCUGGGAGUUCUUUCGGCUCCAGGAGACACCAGAGCACAGGGCUGAGACCGAGCCGGCAGUGCUGAGGCGUGGCUUGAGGCUUUCGGAGAAGCUGUGGCCACAUUUUUGGACCUUACUCCGUCCCCAACCCCCUCACCUUGUCAACAUCUUGUCAAUCCCACAAAACCUUCCCUCAGAAUCUGCAUGCCAGGACAUCGGAGCAGCAGAAACGGCCCUCGGAGAGGGCUGCGGGCACCUCCUGCUUCCCACCCUCAGGAAAGAGUUUAGCCCCUCCACCCCCCAGGGACUCAGGACCCCAUCCCUCCCGGGCCUGAGGUCCCCCUUCACCAGCCCGUCCUCCACCUCAUCUGGCCCCUUGCUCCACUAGGUUAAAGAAGUCACCAUGGAGAAGGGCACCGCCCCAUUUGAGCUGUUGUUUUGCAUUUGUUUCUGUGACAAUCUACCUCAGCCAGUCUCUUCCCCACCAAAACUGGGUCCCCUGAAUCCCUGGCUCCUGCUUCCCAUAUUAUACUCCCUACCCCAGCCUAGCUGCUCCAUCGUCCCCAGAAUCCCUACAGCAUCCUCACGUGAGAGCAGGUUCCAGAACCACACUCCAGUGGAGCCCUUGGGGUCCCCUGAGCCACCUGCCCUUUACUUCCACUGUAAAGAGGAAGUGGAGGCCCGGAGAGGGCCGGGGACUUGCCCAGGAUCACACGAAGACAAUGGCAGAGUAAGGCUUUUCCUGGAGCCGAGAUGCAGCUGGGUCUGUCUUAAUUUUUCCGGGAACAGAAGAGAACAGGACACUGGGUACCCAGAAUACCAGGCCCUACUCUGCCCUCAGUAUCUCCAUCCCCAAGAGACCAGUGUCCCCAUUCCCAGGACAGACUUCCAUCUCAGUUCUCUGGAACUGAUCCCUCCUACUGACUGUGCUCCCCGAGCCUCAGCAGGCACCACACACUCCUCAUACCUCCAUGCACUGACAUACCACGUGCCUUGUAAUCGCCACCCCGGUUAAACAGCGCAGACCUCCACCCCGCCCCAGCAGGAAAGGCUUUUUUGGUUCCCUCCUCUCAUCUGCCUCAUCCCCAAACUCACCUGUGCCCCAGCCAGCUCCCUGCUCCACUAGUGUCCCGCAGGGGUGUGUAACCCACGAAAGCUGGAGGAAGCAGAGGGCAGGGAAGGCAAGGCCUGGGGAAUGUCCAGGUCCCGGGGUGAAGGUCAAGGCGGCUGGGAGUAUCCAGGGAAGGUCUUGCCUGGCAGCCCCGGUGCCCUUCUAAGGGCCAGUGUUCCGCAGGUCCUCCCCUUGGAGCUCAGCUGGCCUUGGAGUUGACAGAAACCUCAGACAGUGGGGGGAGGUUUUCUAGGGUAGGUGCAAGUUCCAAUGCCUUCAGGUAAUGAAAAUGAGAAUGCGGCAAAAAAAAGAGUGUGUAUCCCGCCUACAGGCACUAAAAUU